GAAGCGAUCGAAAUGACUAUUUUACUGCAUUCGCUUUUGCUGUCGUAAGACCAUAGGUGAAGAGGUAACUUGCUGUAGUUUGAUUUAAUGUUCAUCGAUCAUGUAUCGACUAUUAGUUACUUUCACGUCGACGCUUCUCGUUCUCACAAUAUUUGAAUCGGUGGGGGCGAGCCCUUACUCAAGGGAUAUUGAGAAAAAUUAUAAGACGGAACCGGAUUACGAAACAGGAGUCAAGGUAGCGCAAUGGACCAAGGAAAUGAACACGCGCCCUGAGGAAUUGGGUAACUAUUUCCAGGGAGAUAUCAUGAUCGCAAACAAUACCAAAAGAAACGGCCGUAUUGAUGAACACCUUCGUUGGCCUGGUGGCAUUAUUCCCUACCUAAUUACUGCAAAUAACUUUACUGCGAAUCAAAUAAAUAUAAUAAUCAAGGCAAUUAAUGAAUAUCAUAUUAAGACAUGCAUACGAUUUAAACCGAGGACGAACGAAAAGGAUUAUAUCGACAUUAAAAGCGGUAAUACUGGAUGCUGGAGCUACGUUGGCAGGCAAGGCGGUAGACAAGAGGUGAACUUGCAGAAUCCUGGUUGUGUAUAUGGAACACAUACUCCGAUACAUGAGUUUAUGCACGCCAUCGGCUUUGAGCACGAACAGACUAGAGACGACCGAGAUAAUUACGUGAAUAUCAUUUGGAAUAAUAUUCCGAAAAAUUACCAGUAUGCUUUCGCUAUGAACCCCAAAGGGACGACCUUCGCUUAUGGUGAGCCUUAUGAUUAUUACAGCGUGAUACAUUAUUCAUUGUACGCGUUUGCCAUAGAUACCAAGAAAAAAACCAUUGUUUUAAAGAAACAAGCAGAUGAAAAGAACAUUGGUAACAGAAAUAAUCUGAGCAACUCAGAUAUUAAAAAGAUCCAGAGAAUGUACAAAUGCUGAUGUAUGAGUGUAAUUGGCAUUUAUGACAAAGGUCAGUACUGAUGAAAAAAAA